AUGCCCGCGCCUUGUCCCGCUCCGCCUGGUCCCUCGGCUCCCGGCUCCUGGAGCCGCUCCUUGGACCGAGCCCUAGAAGAAGCGGCGGUCAGCGGGACGCUCAGUUUGAGCGGCAGGAAGCUCCGGGACUAUCCGCGGGCCAGCGCCGCCAACCACGAUCUCAGCGACACCACCCAGGCUGACUUGUCACGGAACAGACUGUCAGAGCUCCCAGCAGAAGCUUGUCACUUUGUCUCCCUCGAGACUCUUAAUCUGUACCAGAACUGCAUUCGAUAUAUCCCAGAGGCUGUUUUGAACCUACAGUCUUUAACGUUUCUAAAUAUCAGUCGAAACCAGCUUUCAACAUUGCCAGUACACCUCUGUAGUCUACCACUAAAAGUUUUGAUAGCAAGUAAUAAUAAGCUGGUUUCAAUACCUGAAGAAAUUGGACGGCUCAGACAGCUGACAGAGCUUGAUGUGAGCUGUAAUGAAAUACAAACAAUACCUCCACAGAUUGGCAAUUUGGAAUCCUUGCGAGACCUAAAUGUCAGAAGAAAUAAUUUGGUGCGGUUACCUGAAGAGCUUGCUGAGUUGCCUUUGAUUCGAUUAGAUUUCUCCUGCAAUAAAAUAACAACAAUACCAGUAUGUUAUAGGAACCUCAGACAUCUUCAGACCAUCAUGUUAGAAAACAACCCUCUCCAGUCCCCUCCUGCACAGAUAUGUAUAAAAGGAAAAAUUCAUAUAUUUAAAUACCUGAACAUAGAAGCAUGCAAGAUAGCUCCAGACUUGCCUGAUUAUGAUAGGAGACCCAUGGGAUUUGGAUCAUGCCACGAGGAGCUUUAUUCCAGUCGUCCCUAUGGAGCACUUGAUUCUGGCUUCAAUAGUGUGGACAGUGGAGACAAAAGAUGGUCAGGGAAUGAACCAACAGAUGAGUUCUCAGAUCUCCCAUUACGUGUGGCAGAGAUCACUAAAGAGCAGAGACUGAGAAGAGAAAGUCAAUACCAAGAAAACAGAGGAAGUGCGGUUGUAACUAAUGGUGGAGUGGAACAUGAUCUCGAUCAGAUCGACUACAUCGACAGCUGUGCCACAGAGGAGGAGGAGGAGGAGGUGAGGCAGCCCAAGUGCCUGGACUCAGACAGCCUGAGCUCCCAGUUCAUGGCGUACAUCGACCAGCGGCGGAUCUCCAACGAGAGCUCACCAGUAAAGCCUGUAUCCAUCAGAGAAUACCAGAGAACAGAGGAUACAAGACGACAUUUACAUCAAAACAGGGAUACAGAUGAAUUACGAAGACCUGAAACUCUAAAUUUGAUGCAGGACAGAGAGCAUCACCAAGUACUAAGGAGUUAUGUGGACAGGACAGAGAGACCCCUGCCUGAUUCACCUUAUUUUCUCUCGCUAUCAAGUCACCACACCCAGGUGCCCAGCACGGAUUCGGAGCUGCAGCGCCGGCACAUCGAGCGCACGCGCCGGGAGGCACAGCUGGCAGCCCUGCAGUACGAGGAGGAGAGGAUGAGGACUAAGCAGAUGCAGAGAGAAGCUGUGCUUGACUUCGUUAAGCAAAAAGCCUCCUUAAGUCCUCAGAAACAAAGUCCAAUGGAUAGUGAGUGUCCCUUUCCAUCCAGAAGGUCUCAGCAUACUGAUGAUAGUGCCUUGUUAGUGAGUGAUGACAGAUCUACCAUCUCCCCUGGCUCACCUACUGCUCAGACAGUCCACCUUUCCCCUCCAUAUCCUGGCCAUGCAGCCCCGCCUUCCUAUAGAAACCCUUCCCAGCGACCUGAGAGUUUCCUUUUCCGAACAGCUGUCAGGGAUGAAGCCAAGAAAGCUGUUGCUUCAUCCUCUACCUGUGCCUUGUCUCCUGCUAAUGAUCCUGCAGAUCCUCGAGUGAGACAAAACUCCAAACAGCGGGAGGAGGAGCUGGAGCUGAUAGAGCAGCUACGCAAGAACAUCGAGUCGAGGUUGAAGGUGUCCCUGCCCAGCGACCUCGGGGCGGCUCUCACUGACGGCGUCGUCCUGUGCCACUUGGCCAACCACGUGCGGCCCCGCUCUGUCCCCAGCAUCCACGUGCCCUCCCCUGCUGUUCCUAAACUUACAAUGGCAAAGUGCAGACGAAACGUGGAGAAUUUCUUGGAAGCUUGCAGAAGGAUUGGAGUGCCUCAGGAGCAAUUAUGUUUGCCUCUGCAUAUUUUAGAAGAGAAGGGUUUGACACAGGUAGCUGUGACUGUCCAGGCGCUCCUGGAGCUGGCACCCCCAAAGCAGCAGCCACUUCACCACUUGUCUGCUGUGUAAAGACCUCCGGGACCUUUUGGGUUACCUUGGCUAAGCAGAAGGACCUGAAGACUUUACUGCCCAUGCAGUGCAUCCAAACACACAGAGCUCUGUUCUAAGGAAAUGAGUUUCCGUGAUUCCUGACAGGAAUGUUUUACUUCAUUUCUCCAUUUUUUUUGGAGAUCACAACAGUUUCCAGUAACAUUUUUUAUUACCAAUAUUUUUGCCCCUUAUUUAAAAUAAUGAGAGUUCAUUGGGAGGAGGGCAGGGAAUUCCAGUGGCUGGCUGUUGGAGCCAGCUGUAGAAACUGACCUUGCAGGAUGAAGAAAUGGAUUUAGAGUUUGGAAAGCAAUUCCUAGGGGAAUUCGUAAAAAAAAAAAAAAAAAAAAGGGUGUUGCUGCAGUGGGCACACAAGGAAUUAAAUUUCUUUCCUUACCCACAGGGUGCAAAGAAAUGGAGUUUCUUUGCCUCUAAAGAAUGGCUAUUUCUAUUAAAAUAUUUUUUAAAUUGCAUCACACAAUCUUAACCUGCUGUGCUUGAUAACAGGGUUGAACCUCACAGACUUGUCACUUGACUUGGCAGGUCCUCAUUACUAAAAGUCAAAGACAAAAAAACUUUUUUUUCCCCAGUGGAAAAAUUACUGCAUGUUUUCUCUGCCAGAAACACCUUAGUAAAAGAUACUAAGUCACAUCUAUUCAAAUGGGAUUAAUCCUAUCAGCAUUUUUGCUGGGUUCACUUUCUGUUUGGGUUUUAGCAUGUCUUUAUCUGAACACUUUUCCUACAGCAGUGGGGGGAGAUUGCCCUUGUCUUCACAUCCCCUUCUAGUGGUUUUAUGGGAUCACCAGAAUCCCAUGCAUUUCCCUGCAGUGGGAACAGUGCCAGCCUGCCCUGCUGGUCAUUAGAAGCCCUACCAGCUAAGGCAGCUCUGAAGGGUUAGACAAGGCUUUCAGUAAACCUCUUUAUUAGUUGGAGUUUAUGUAGAGAGAUGUGCUGGUUUUACAGAACUGCUAUUACUUCAUUCCUCAUUCCUUAACAUAAAAAUGAAAAAUCACUCUACAGAAGUGGGAGAGGCAGCUGACAAAUUUUGCAUUUUCCUGGAAAGCUGAUAUGCAAAAUAAAGACAGGUCUGUAUGCUCUGGUCCUAGUGACAAAGCCAAGCUCACUACCAGAUCAGUUAACUUCCCCCCCCCCACGAAAAGGCCUCACAAAAUCCAGCUUUCCACCAACUCAGUUCCUUUGUCAGGUGUUGCCCAAUUUAAAGCAUCCCUGAACAUUUUGCUAUUAAUACAUGGUACAUAAGUUCUGAAAGCAACUCCAAGCAUCAGCCAUAUUUUGUCUGGGAUAUAUUUGAAGUAGAAUACACCGAGAGCAUUUUAUGCAGAUAAAGGAAGAAGAAAUGGCAACAAAUUAGCUAAAAGUCACUUUUGCAGAAGUAAAACCUGCUGUGGGAGCUGCCAAGGACUGGUCUUAGCUGCAUUUUUUCCCUUUUGAUUUGCAGUUUUGUUUCUAUUUUGUUUUGCUUCAUGUAUUUCUUUGAAGGGCCAUUGUGGGGGUUGUUGAAUCCCCUAUUUCUCAUAAUUAUUCCAGUUGCUUCUUUUCGGCAUUGGUUAGUCACAUUCCAAGAGAAGACCAGCUGGAAGGUGUUUAAGGGUGCCCAGCUGCAAAGAGAAACCUCCUCAUGCUGGGCAAAUACAAUGCCCUGAGCCCUGCAGGAAAUGGAAAUGCCAGGAACUCACAGUACCCACAGGAAGAGCAGCUCCACACAGGCAUUCUCGCCCCCUUAAGUAGUUUUUACUUAAUUAAGUUUCACUUAAUGCCAUUGGUGAGGAGCGUUGGUGAUUCCCACAGGGUUACACAGAGGUGUCUGAAGUGUCUGCUGCAGUUUGCUGGGGGGAAGAUGCUGCCACUCGCAGGCAACACCACAGACACAGGCGGAGUGUUCCUGGUGUGUUUGCACGUAAUUUGAGAGAGAGGGAGGCACUGACUUCAUCUUGGUUUCCAACAUCAGGUCACUUGUUGUUACAGGGACAGUUGCAUUUAGCAGCACAACCCAUCAUGGGCUAAAAACCCCUGUUUGAAGAAAACCAUUCCCUUCAUGGAAUUGCGAGGGUGUGGUGAUUGCUCCAGCACUUAGGGAAAGUGAAACUUAACAGUAUUCUGGUUGGUGGACAUUUUGUCAUUUAAUAACCGUAGUUUUUAAUGGGGUGAGGGCUCGAGUCUGACCUUCAAGGAAGAGCCAUUUCCUCUUGCCCUGUGUGGCUCAGAGCCGUGAGUGGCUCAUGGCCACCUGUGGCUGGAGGCCGGCAGGAGGCAGAGGGUCCCUGGCACCGGGUACUUUGUUAUGAGCAACAUUCGCUCUGGCAGUUUCAUUGUAGGUAAUUGUGUUAGUUUGACAUUUGUAAUCUUAUAUUUUCAGGCUGGCAAGCACUAUAUCUUGUCCGGGUGCUAAGGACAAAAAUCCAAAGCUAAAGUUUCAUUAUACGGUUUACUUAAUGUGUUACACCAAACCCACUUCAGUUCUGUCUUGCAAAAUGCGUUAGGAUUUUUCAGUGUAGUUACGUGCAAUUUUUGUUGUAUCCCAUGAGAAGAGUAUUUGAAAGAAAACAUAUAUAAAGUUCUAUUCUGUGUUUUAAAGCAAAGAAGAGACGGUUCUUCCUCUUCGGGGCAUUUGUGUGCGUUGGAGAAUGUGGGAGGGAUCCACCUCAGUGUUUGGCGCUGCUGGUGUUCCUACACUGACUCCACGGUGUCACACUCCAUCCUCAAACCUGGCGAGCCCUGAGCAGUGUCGGAGGCUCUGCAAGGACACACACUCCAGGUGUAGUGGCCCAGGCACUCGGGAGCCCCUAAUGGCACUGGGGGGCCAGGGGAGAGCAGCUAGGGGUCCCCCCUUUGAAGGAGAGGCUUUUGUAAAGGCCCCGCCCCCUGCUUAAAAUCCACCAGGGACAACUCCUUACAGCGCCAGAGCACCUCUCUUGUUCUUGGUAAUAGGAUGGCAAAUGGUAUUCUUACCCCUUUAUGACUAUAAAUGGUUCUUUGAAAAACUGUUUUAGAAACAGAGGACUUGUAAGGUGAAUUUGGACAUCAAAAAAUUCUUUUGUAUAGAUAUUGUGAUGUUCUACAAAGUGAUCUAAUUUUGUUAUUUCUGAAAACAGUGUAAACGUGUAAGUAAUAGAGUAAAGGAUUUUAAAGCUUCAUCCCAUGCUGUAUGUCUGUAAAUACAUUCCAUAAUUUCUGUUACAUAUAAAUGUGUCUGAAUAUUGUAUAUUUUAAAUCGCCUGUAUUCUGCCAGUAGUGUGAACUUCUAGCACAUUGAUAAUAUAAAAGGAAACCAUGGGUAUUUGAAAUAAAGUUUUAAAACUUACAU